AUGACGAAACACACUAAUAAACAUUAUGUUAUCAUAAUAUUCAUAAUUUUUGCCAUAUUUAUCUACCAAUAUGAGGCAGCAGAUCUUCGAAUUUACAACGCAUUGGAAAACAAUAAAAUCCUUCAAGUGCAUUGCAAGUCCAAGGAUGAUGAUCUUGGAGUGCACCAACUUAACUUAGGGGAAUUCUAUGAGUUUCACUUCCUCCCUAAUUAUGUAUUUCCUAACACAUUAUUUUUCUGUGGUUUUGUGUUUGAUGAUACUUUGCAUUGGUAUAAUAUUUAUGAUCAAGUACGUGAUCAAGAACGUUGUCCUGAUAGUUGUUAUUGGACUAUCAAAGAGCCAGGGCCCUGUUUACUUGAUCUUGGGUAUACUGCUAAUUGCGAUGUGUGGAAUAAAGGAAAACUUCAUAUGAUUAACGAUGUCGUGAGAAAUGUUAUUGGGUAG